AGAAAACACAAUCAGAUUAAUCUCCAAAACUAUAAAACAAAGGCCUCUUUUAAUUCUCCCUCAUCAUCUUCUUCUCUGCAGUCUGCAAUCUCGCCGAAAUUUACGCACGCACAAAUAUAUUUAUAUGAAUGAGUGAAUGAGAACUCCGCCUUCUCUGCUCUCUCUCACAAUUGACUCAGCUCUCUUCAACCUAUCCAGCAUAUCCGAUCUCUCAACUCUCCCUGAACACAUUCUCAUCGAUCUCUUCCUGAAAACUCUGAGAGCUGGAAAGCUAAAUGAGAAAGUCUUGAAGCUUUUCAAAGAAACUGGCAAAGAUGAAAUCCUCUCACUAAUCCAGGCACUUAAUAUUCGGCAUACCCUCACCCCUGUCUUUCCUACCAGAUGCUCUGAAAGGUUUUGAGAUUGGGUGGUGUUGUGUGAGCACAUUGUAUAACAUUUUGAAGGCAAAGGUCCUUUAAUUAAACAAGGCCACACAAGUUUUGUUGUUUCUUGUUCUCUCAACGCCUGUUUGAAGAUGUCUAACACAAGCAUCAACAAUAAUGAGGUUGACAUCGUGAUUGCGGCAAUCAACUCCGACCUGGAGCCAUUCAUGAAUGAAUGGAGACCAGUAUUCUCCCAGUUCCACCUGAUUAUUGUCAAAGACCCUGAUAUGAAUGGGGAGCUCCGCAUUCCAGAAGGGUUUAAUGUGGAUGUCUUUACUAAGUCUGACAUAGACCGAGUGGUGGGCUCUUCCACUUCCAUUCUCUUCUCUGGUUACUCGUGCAGGUACUUUGGU